AUGGUAGGGUUGAGACCCUCACUCUCACUUUCAAUUCCUCUUUCUUAUUCCUUUCCAUCCUCUUCUCCCCUUUCUCUCAAACCCCACCCUCUCCUUCUCUCCCCAAAACCACACCCACUUCUCACAUUCGCAAACAACAACAACAACAACAAUGAAUUAAGGGAACAGCGAAACACCCAACAACAACAACAACAACAACAACAACAACAACAGCAACAACCACCCAAUGGUUCAAACGAGCAAGAAGAAAAGGUCAACGAUUGGAGCAAUCAAAGACGACCCAUUUUGGGGUUCAAUUGGAGAACCCUUUUGGACCCUGACCCCGACAACGUCCUUGCACUUGGAUUAACCGGUAUUCUCACUUGGGCAAGUGUGCAAGUCCUCUGGCAGCUCUUGUUCAUCUCCUUGGCAAUUUUUGUUGCUGCCAUCAAGUACUCUUUCAUCGCCGCUCUUCUUGUUUUCAUUCUCAUUGCCCUUCUUUAA